AUGACGACCGCCGCGCCUGCGUGGAGGAUGAAGUUCUACCCCUUGUGGCCCGAGCUGAGAGAAAUGAUUGCAGAGAAGUACGCGGAAGCUGGCGUGGGGAAGGACAUAUUCUACUAUGUCAUCUGCAUGUUCCCUGGAAAGGAAAACCUGGCCAUGCGCAAGGCGUCAGAGCGGCGGAGCAAUUACAACGGCGAUAUCAAGACUUACGGGCGCGGCCCGGGCGGGUGCGUCCCAGAGAGUAAAUGGAAGGAGUUGGCGGACGAAGGAGUGGCGCCGCAGUGCAGCAGGUCCCCUUCGGAGUGGACCCUGUUCUACCUUCAUGUGGUGCCCACGGCAGUGGCCACAUCGCUUGACAUUGCCCUCUCCAGCUUCUCCCUCGCGCUCGUCACCCGGACCUUCUACUCCAUGUGGCGUGUGGUGCUCCCAGUGGUGGGGGAGACGGAGUUUGAGCUGCUGGGCUUCAUCCUCGUCAUGCUGGCCUCAUUCAUGGCGGGUCUCCGAUGGGUGCUGCUGCAAGUGCUCCUCCAGCCCCAGCUCCACAGUGCCUGUGUGCUGUGCUUGCUCUCCCACACGCCACAAUCCUCCGGUUUCUCACCCUUCCUCGCAUAUUUGCUAUGGUCACGCCAUCCUCAUGCCACUAUCUCCUUCUCAGUCCUCCUAGUUCCCCUUGCCUCCCACCAACCGCAAGUCCGCCCUCCCUCUACCCCAACAGGCCUGACCAACCCGCUGCUCACGUUGCUGCAGUAUCUGGCGCCCGUGAUGGCGCUUGUGUGCGGCAUCUUCUCGCUGCUGCACGAGCCGUGGUCCUCGCUCGCCUCCUUGCCCUACUUUGACACGUGGCCUCACGCCCUCUGGACCCUCGCCGUCAUGCCCGUGGGGGGCGUCCUCGCCUUCUGCAUGGUGGGCUGUCGCGCAACAAGGCACGUGAGUCUGAAGGCCAUCGGGUGCACGCGCUCAGUGAUGAGCUCCUCCCUCACCACCCGGGGGCAGGCCCUCGGACCAACUCUAGCUGCCUUUUGA